GCAACAAGUCUCGCGUCCCCUUUUCUUCUGGGAACGCUUGUGGACCAGUGUUCAACGUCGUCGGCCCCCGAUCGGAGACCAGCAAAAGGUUACUCACUAUCACUCUAAGACUGCCGAAGUAAGCGCUGCCCGUCCGGGGCACGAGAGAAGCCACAACCAUGGUGAACGAGGACCCCAGUCAGGAGGAACAGGGUGACACUACGGCGCAGGAAUCCAUGGAGCCUGGCACUUCCGCGGAACCUAGCGCCUCUGUGGAGCCCAGCAUCUCCUUGGAGCCCAGGGUGUCGGUACACCCCAGUGUCUCGGUGGAGCCUACUGUGUCCAUCCACCCCAGCGUGUCUGUGCACCCCAGCGUGUCUGUCCACCCCAGCGUCUCCAUCCACCCCAGCGUGUCCGUGCACCCCAGCGUCUCUGCCCAUCCCAGUACCUUGGCCCCGCCGGGCAGCCUGGCCAACCUGAGCAGUUCGGGUCCCGUGGACCUGAGCGUGAUCAAGGUGAGCCGGCGCCGCUGGGCGGUGGUGCUGGUGUUCAGCUGCUACUCCAUGUGCAACGCCUUCCAGUGGAUCCAGUACAGCUCCAUCAGUAACAUCUUCAUGCACUUCUACGGCGUCAGCGCCUUUGCUAUCGACUGGCUGUCCAUGUGCUACAUGCUGGCCUACAUCCCGCUGCUGCUGCCCGUGGCCUGGCUGCUGGAGAAGUUCGGCCUGCGCACCAUAGCGCUCAUGGGCUCGGCCCUCAACUGCCUGGGCGCCUGGGUGAAGCUGGGCAGCCUGCAACCGCACCUCUUCCCGGUCACCAUGCUGGGCCAGGUAAUCUGCUCAGUGGCGCAAGUCUUCAUCCUGGGCAUGCCGUCACGCAUCGCUUCCGUCUGGUUCGGGGCCAACGAGGUUUCCACAGCCUGCUCCGUGGCUGUCUUUGGCAAUCAGCUUGGAAUUGCAAUCGGGUUCUUGGUCCCUCCUGUGCUUGUACCCAACAUCAAAGACCAGGACAAGCUUGCCUAUCACAUCAGCAUCAUGUUCUAUAUCAUCGGAGGCGUGGCAACACUCUUGUUCAUCCUUGUCAUCAUCGUAUUCAAGGAGAAGCCUAAACAUCCCCCGAGCAGGGCCCAGUCCCUGAGCUACGCCUUGGCAUCCCAAGAUGCUUCGUACUGGAGUUCCAUCGUCCGGCUCUUCAAAAACUUGAACUUUGUGCUGCUUGGCAUCACCUACGGUCUGAAUGCUGGUGCUUUCUAUGCCUUGUCCACACUGUUGAAUCGUAUGGUGAUUAUACACUACCCGGGGGAAGAGGUGAAUGCUGGAAGGAUCGGCCUGACCAUCGUCAUCGCAGGAAUGCUCGGGGCUAUGAUCUCAGGCAUCUGGCUGGAUCGGUCCAAAACCUACAAGGAGACAACCCUGGUAGUAUAUGUUAUGACACUGGUGGGCAUGGUGGUGUAUACGCUGACCUUGAACCUGGGACGCCUGUGGGUCGUGUUCAUCACUGCUGGCACCCUGGGCUUCUUCAUGACGGGCUAUCUGCCUCUGGGAUUUGAGUUUGCUGUGGAGCUCACGUACCCAGAGUCGGAAGGCAUGUCGUCUGGCCUCCUCAACGUGUCAGCUCAGGUGUUUGGGAUCAUCUUCACUAUCUCCCAAGGCCAGAUUAUUGACAACUUUGGAACCAUGCCUGGAAACAUCUUCCUUUGUGUAUUUCUUACCCUUGGUGCUGUCAUCACUGCAUUCAUAAGAGCGGAUCUCCGGAGGCAGAAGGCCAACAAGGAAACCCCCGAGACAAAGCUGCCGGAGGAGGGGGAGGAGAACAUGAGCAAGGUGCCCACUGCUGCAUCCGAGGAUCAUUUCUGAGCGACUCAGGGAGCCAGGGAACAGCCACCUCUUCUUUCAGUCUCCCUGCCAGCACAGAGAAGAUUUGGGAGGGAACCACUGGAAUAUUUGUGGAUUGCGUGGCAGUGCCCAUGCCUCCUGGACCCAGCUCAAAGGCCCAAAUGGUUUACUUGGGGAGGACGGCACCUUCUAUGAGCUGCAGAUUCUACUCAUACCCCACCCCUUUUUAGGUUCUGGGAGCAGGUGCUGGGGGAGGCCGGUGGGGUGGUGGGAAGCUAUUGGAGCAGAUCCUAGCUCGGUUCCUGGCCUUUCCUUUUUAGCUCCACCUCUCAAGGGGAAUGCUUGCAAAAUUAUCAUGGGAAGAAAGCUUAUUCAGGAUAUUCACUUUUCCUACUCUCUGAAGAUGUUCACAAGGAGCCUGAGUAUAAGCAGAGGCAGGCAAGCUGCUGUGCCCAGGGCCUUUUCUGCAUCCUCAGCCUGCCUAAUGCUGUGAUGUUUCCAAUUCCUCUUUCUUCAGAGUUGAUCAAACCAAAUGUCAACACAUUACACAAAAGUGUUGUGUGAGACUACCAAGGAGCAACCCAUGUGGGAGGACUAACUUCUGAGUGUGUUUAACAGCUCUGGUGGCUUGCCUUGGGAUGAGGUGGCUUUAAAAAAAAAAAAAAGUCUCUGGCCGGGGACCUCUGUGUAUUAAUCACUGUCACCUCUGAUGCUUUCACCUCAAGGCAGCCGCUGGCCCCACGGAGGGUCAUCCCAACCACUGCAACUCUCACAAGUCCAAGUUCACUUUUGAGAGCUGCGAAGGAAGUGGUGGUGGAUGUGUGACGGUAGGAACUGAGUCUGCUCAACUCACACCUUGCCUAUCUCUACUGGGGUUCCACCCUCUGUGAGAAGUCAUCUUUAUGAGAUUCUAAAACAGGUGCAGGGAGCACUUUUUUUUUUUUCCUGUCGAGGGCCAAGUGGACAUUUCUAAAAUGAUCAACUUAAAAGUUAGCCUGCUAUAGAGUUGAUGAAUUUCAAAUUCUACCUAUGGUUGCCUUGGCAGGGCCAAAUGGCUUUGUGGGCUGGACCUUCCUUAGCUCCAAGGACUCUGGAGUUUUCUCAGCCCUGACAGGCUUUCCUCAUGUGUUUCCUGCAAAUAAGACACUUUGGUGGUUCUCCUGUGCAUGGGACAGCUCUGUGCUGUUUUGCUUUGGCCACUCCCCUGGCACCAGCAAAUUGGGGUGGGCUAUGCUGGCUCAAGUGCUGGGGUGCCUGGGCCCCUGUCCCCAGCAGGGAGUCAUGUGUGUGCAUGUGUGUGUGAUGAAAGCAGUUCCUGCUAUUGGUGGAGGGAAUGUUUGGGGUAGCAAAGAGAGGUGCCUUACUUUUUAAUCAGGAGCAAAGUGUUUACUCUUGAAUCUCUGGAACUAUAUUAACAGAACGUUUACUGAAUCUAUUGCUUUAUUUUUUCUUUAAAAAAUAUAUAUAGUUUGUAUUUUCUAUUUGUACUACCAGAUGUUUUAAGGCAAUAAAGGAUUUUCAAAGUGGGUAGCCUUGUCAUUUGCGUUUCCAAGGACUG